UUAGGGAAGGGCAAAAGAGGGGAAGAAGCCUGGCAGUUCAUCUGCAGGUGUCUUGCAGCCUAGAACAAACAUAGUAUAGCUUAUUUCCUGUUUUCCCAGCUGUGUAGAUGGGACUUGAAGAUGAGCAGGGAGGCUGCGACCCUCCGGACUGCAGAAGCCUUUGCUGAGGACGUAGACACCUUGAAUUGUAUGCAAUGUGCCUUUCAAACGCCUCACAGGUUGUCGAACAAGAGUCAGUGGUUCAUUUGCUGCGAAGAUGGUGCUGCACAAAAUGCAAGUUUCAGUGUAUUGCAUUUCUGCUGGUGAUGAUCAUCAUUUUAUUUGUUGUUCUAGUACUUAAGAUAUAUCAGCGUGGGAACCUUCAUUCUGAGAAGUGUCCCAGUGAGUGGAUAGGUUACAGAAAGAAAUGUUACUUCAUAUCAGAAGAGGAAAAAAACUGGACAUCUAGUCAGGCCUUCUGCGCUAAGAAUGAAUCUUUGCUUGCUGUUUUUGAAAAUAAGGAUGAAAUGUAUUCUUUAGUUAAGCUAUUGAAAAUAGAUGACUCUUGGAUUGGAUUGUGCAAGAAAGGUGAACGUUUCUACUGGGAGAAUGGCACUGCCUUGAACAUGAACUUGUUUCAGAUAAAGAAUCAUUCUGAGUGUGCCUACUUGCACUCCUUCACUGUCUCUACAUCAGCAUGCUCUUUGCCCAGGCGCUGGAUCUGUACCUAUUAUCCCUAAAAUAAUAACUCGGAUCUUCUGGGGAUCUUGAUAGUUAAGAUGUAUCUCUUUGGAUAAAUGGCAGUCCUGACAUGGCCACAGACUUUUGUACCACCUGGAAGCCUAAACCAGAGAGGAGAAGGCUCCACAUCAGCUUCCAGAAAUAUGCGCUCCAUAACACACCAGCUCUCCUGUCCUAGGACAGAAGAGGAAUAUGCUUGGUCCAAGAUACAGAUCCUGUACAAUGGAGACUACUUGUGCUGGCUGUCUAAGGCGAAGGUGCAGUGGGAUUCCUGAUAGUCUUCUGCUGCAUAAUGAUCUCUUUAGUGUUGUCCUUCAUCUCAGCUCAUGGCUUUGUGGAUGCCCACCAGCCAGAGAUACUAACCAGCUGGCACAGCUGCAGAAGCUCUAAAUCAAGGCUAUUAGCUUUCUCCAAAAACUGAUGUUUUUAUAGUGCUUACUCACUAUCUUAGUACACCAUUUCCCCAUCUGCCAACCUUCUGGCCUCACCUUCAGACCCACGCCUUUUGAUCCUCUUACCUCCUUUUAUUUUCUGUCCUAACUUGUGAGCAUCGUAUUUUUCUGCUUAUUGCCUUUUAAAUAAACCAAUACACUAACUUUGCAUUAUGAA